CUAGUAGUCUUGGGGGCUCCUCGCUACCCAAACUGGCCGUUUUUAGGACGACUGGAACGGUGAGAUCGACAGCGAGGAACGAUCGAGGUCAAGCCAAGGCAAGGCAAGGGGAGGGAAGGCGGGAAGAGAGAAGGCAAGGAAGGCGCGGGAUCGGGUGGCGAUCGUCGGUUUCGCCUCGAUUUCGCCGCCUUACUCAACACAAGACAGGCGCGAAACUUGUUUGCGGAGGCGGCUUGCGAAGGCAGUGCUUGUCGCGCCGCCACAGGGAGAGAGCGAAGAUGAUCUACGACGUGACGUCCGCGCUCUUCAGGUCCUUCCUCAGCUCGAAGGGAGGCGGCGCCGAUAGUCGAAGGAGAAUGGAUUCGGCGCCGAGGACGGAAAAAUUCAAGCCGAAUGAGAACAAGCCUGUGAUGACGGAAUGAUCAUGGAUGUCAGAAGAGGGGUGGGGUGGAGGGUGGGAUGGGUGGGAUGGGGGGCGUUCCGCUGGGACAGCGCCAUUCUGACCUAUGAAAAGAGACGUCCUCUCGAGGACAGGUUUUUUACUGCCUGAUGGGUGAUGAUUGGGCCUCAGCAGCCAUGGCUCUGAAGCGGUUGAUUGGGCCUCAGCAGCCAUGGCUUUGAAGCGGUUGCGGUCGCUGGUGCUUCGAUCCAGAGGUCUCAUGGAGAGGACGAAGGGGUGGACUUCAUUUCCCGCCCAAUUGAGGAGAGAAUGCAAGUGACUGGGGGAGGAAAUGUGUACAUGUAGAGAGAGGGGUGGGGUGGGGGAUAUGUACAUCUAUGGAGGAGGGUGUGUGUGGGGAUGUGUACGUGUCUGAAAGCGUGGAGAGGAGAGAGGGGAGGUGUGUGUGGCAAGUUUCUCGGAGAUUCGAGGGAGAGUAUGUGGACAUCCCCGUGAGAGAGGAAAGGAUGGGAAGGAAGGGUUGUGGCGGGAGAUGGUAUGUUUACGUCAGGGGAAAAAAGGGCGGGAAAGGUGGGUUGUGGCGGGAAGGAAGGAUGGGUUGCCAUCUCAGGGAGAAAAGGGCGGGAAGGGUGGGUUGUGGCGGGAAAAGGUGUGUUUCCAUCUCAGAGGGAGAAAAAAGGUAUGCAGGACGGAAGGAUAGUGGCGGCGGAAGGGUACCGAUAAGUAGGGGUGGAUGUGGGUGGGUUGGGUGGGAAAGAGAAGAACAGAACGAACUACAGAGAGAAGGGUAGGAGAGAAAAAGGUGUACAUCCUAAUGAGAAGAGGAGGGGGGAGCGGGAACUUGCAUCUUGGGGAUGGAGAAGGGAGGGAGGAUGUGUCCAAGGGAGGGAGGAUGUGUCCACCUCCGAGAGGAGAGUGGGACACGUCAAGGAAGAGGACGGAGAAUAUUCAUGUCGGUCUUGUUGCCAUGCGCGUCUGCAUGAAGGCGGGGUGUGCAAAUUUAUCAGUCGGUAUGCGAAGGGAUUGUGUAGGGCUGGGUGCUGAUGUCAGUGAGUUUUUGAUAUUGUUCAGUGGAUUUUUUUGACGCUGCGCAGUGAAUUUUAAAUGUUGUUCAGUGAAUUUCUAAUCCUAUGCAAAAUAGUAAAAAAGUAUGCAGUUCUAUAUGGAGACCUCUCUAUACAUGAUGAUGGUUUCGUCUUUAUUUUUUUGGUUUGGUUUCGGCCUUCUUUUUUUUUUUUUUUUUUUUUUUUAGGGUUUCGUCCUUCUUUCGACUGAAGUCGAGUCUCAAAUUGAUUAGUCAGUUGUUGGUGUGGCGAGGUUGAUGAAAUAGUUUGCUUGACCUGGUCGGUCUGAAGAUUGAGAAAUUUUCGAUCUACCUGAAUUACUUAACAUCGGACUGGUAAAACCCCAUAGUACGUCCGAUUUGGGUUUAGAAAGUUAUCCCCUCUUGAGCGAACUUUUGUGUUUUUGUAUUUUCUUCAUUUUGUGUUUACUAGGGUUCUUAAGGGCAUUGGUGUUUUUUCGGCUUUGGUGUUGUCGAGUGGGUGUGUUUAGGCGGGGUUGAAGAUGGGAAAAGUGAUCUGGUGCUAAAUUCU